AUGUCUGUGGCACCACCCCCCCAGGGCUUAGGCAGCAACUUCAACUACUUCCUUGCGGAUGGAGGCAAUGCCAUUACUGGCCUCAACGUUGAGAUCACCUUUGCCGAGCCUCUCAUCUCUGCCUCAAACGGCUUUGGCUUCCAGCUCAACGGUUAUGCCCAGGAGCUCGCCGGUGCCCCCAGCACCACCCCGAACUGGCAGCAAUAUGUAGUCUUCUCCCAGCCCGGUGACCGCACUCUCUACGGUAUCAUUGACAACUGGUCUGGCACCGUUCCCGCCGGCACCUAUCAACAAGUCAUCAACAGCGAGUCCACCAUCACAACUCUGCCCAAGGCUAACCAGAUUCCCGCCGGUGCCGUCAUCAACAUCAUCCCUACCUUCAGCUCCAGCAACGUCAUCACUGGCAUUACCUAUGUUUACACUCCCCCCGGCGGCCAGGCCGUUUCCACAUCCGUCACCCUGACCAGCCUCCCCGUCUACGGCAGCAACCGCAGAAUCACGUCCGCAUAUGAAUCCCCCAUCUCCGCUCUCACCCUCAACAUCGUCGGUGACUACAACGCUGCCGACGGACGCUUCACCUCUGGCUCGGGCACCAUCGUCUACACUGCUAACCAGCCCCUGACCGUCCUCACCACCGAGCCCAGCUACACCGCGUUCCAGGACGGCACCGGUGAGACCGCCAACACCGUCUACGGCAGACUCCCCACCUCAAACAGCAAGACCAUCACCCAGACCUGGGGCAUUGACAGCUCCGGAUCACCAAGACUCGGACCCGCUACCCACGGUAUCCCGCUGCCCAUUCCCCCCAGUGCUUGGAAGGCGAAGCAGGAGAAGCGACGCAACGCGGCGGGCGUUGAGAACCGAUCUAUCGAGGAGGUGGAGUAA